GCUAUCUCCUCACUCUCAUACCUUCAUUCCAUCAUCUAUCCAAUUAACUUUCUUCACUUUAACUGAUAGUCGCUCAGCCUCAGAAAUGGCGAAGAGUAUUUGUUUUCUUGUUAUGAUAAUGAUGAUAGGAUCGAUGGUUGUAGACACUAGGCAUUUGUUAGCUAACACUGGUGGCCUUGGGGAUACCACUGGUGCCUUGCUCGGAAAUACCAACCCAGGUGGCUUAUUUGGGGACAAGAACACUGGAGGCACGAAUUUGCUCGGAGACAGCAACACAGGCGGCGUAAACGUACUUGGAGGCAGCAAUACAAAGGGGGUGAAUGUGCUGGGGAAUGUGCAGGUGGCCUAGCUGCACUCGGUAACAGCAACACAGGUGGUGUAAGUGGGCUUGUGAAUAGCAACACCGGUGGCUUAAAUUUGCCUACAGUGGGUGGUAUAACUGUUCCCCAUGUGUAAAUGUUCUCGGACGCAAAAGCGUGUGCAUAGGUAGGGAAUUAGCACUCUUUCGGUUACUGUGGAGUUGUAAGGAAGAACUAGAAGAAAAU